AUGGUAUGCACGCUGCAGUCCCCUGCAUUUCCCCCGGAGAGCCGAGCAUCUCUCCCCUCGGGGUUCCAGUUGGGUUCACCGCUUCGAACUCAAGCUCGACCCUUAGCGGCUCCUCGCCCCGCCCCUUUUGGGCCGCAGUUCCGCGCUCCUCUAGCGGGUCAGUGCACGCUAGAGACCGGGGUUGCAGGGCGGGAGUAUGAAUUACGGGACGGUAGGACUCUGCAGCCCCAGCGAGUGGGCGGACGAGGAGACCUAGGAGGGUUCAAAAGGAGGUGGAGGGAUACACGGGCCACAGUCGGAACUACUUUCAGGAGGAGGUCACGUGUGUUCCUAGUUGGGGAACUUUCCAAAUUCCCACUCCCAUUUGAUAGCUCUAGAGGCAAGUGCUUCGCUUCCUCUGCCCAGUGUGCUCCCGCCAUGUACGGGUAGCUGAACCCCGGAGCCUCCCCGGUUUCGGCGGAAGAAUAGGCUCAGACGAUCCUCCCGCCGGAGCGCUGUCGGUGCUGGCGCCUGAGGAGCUGGUUACACAAGCACCCACAUCCAAGCACGUGCCCCCGCCUCCCCUCACCUUGGCUGCCGCCGCUGAUUCUUGCAGAUCUCGGAGCAAGAGUUCCCAAGCUGGGCACCCUUUCCUGCUACCCACAGAGCAAGCUAGAGGACGGAGACCUGAAACUCCGAGCUCUGGAUCCGCUACCACCGCGCCUUCCAAACCGUGGGAGAAGGGGCUGGGCCCCGGGGGUCUGGCGCAUCUUCCUUGCUAGUGCCCUGCCCCCUAGGACGAACCUUUCUGGUGCUGUACUCGCGGUGCAAAGGGUAUCUCCUGCAGCAGCCCGGUGAUUGAAUUCAACGAUGUUGCGACAAACUUUCAGUCACUACCUCUGAGCUGGUGAGCGCGCCCCACCUACUGUAGACUCAGCCUAGUGACUUAUCUGGUCGGAGAACCUAGUCCAUGGCCUUCAGCCCAGAACAAACUUGUCAAGUCUGCUUAGAGCUCGGAUUGUUUGACCUAAACCGCGAAAGAUCUGGUUCGGAAAUGCUGAAAACUAGAGCGCAUUUACCCUGACAUCGAUCGGCUGCAAAGCAUGAGGAGAGAGAAUCCUUUUCAGUUCCCGUGGCACAGAGUUAUUCUGGAGCAGAGAGGGUGUGCGUCACCAGCACUAACAUGCUGGAAUAGGAGACUGGCCCACAAGCACUUCCAUCUGCUGAAAGAAGAAACUGGAAAAUGAGUUUUGCUGCUACUCUAAACAUCAGGUCCCUCUACUUAUCUCCAUGGUGAGUGAAAGGACCACCAGUGUUGGCAGAUAUUUGACCAGCCUGACAGCAAUAUCAGGUGGUUCUUAGAAGUUGCUGGGUAAAAAAUUUCCUCCCCUUCCCAGUGUUAAGUGGGUUCCCGA